AUGAUCAAUUCCGUUGCUCUCUUGGCCCUUGUUGCCAGCCCGGCCUUUGCCGGUGUCAUGCAGGCUCGUGGCGAGGAGUUUAUCCGUCCCGCCGCUCAGAGCUCUGCCGUCGCUCCUCAGGCUGAGGGUUGGGGUGAGAGCUGGUCCAAGCCCGCCCACGAGACCUUUACUCGUCCCACCGACAAGCAUGAGUCGUGGACCACCCCGUGCACCACCUCCACCACCCCGGUGCACACCCACACCACUCCCGUGGAGACCAAGCCCACCACUCCUUGCACCACUUCCACCAAGCCGGUGCACACCUCCACCACCCCCGUGCCCACCACCAGCACCAAGCCUCACACUCCUGUGAACCCGGGCACCACCAAGACCCUCACCGUUGUGACCACUACCUGCCCUGUCACCACUGAGACCCACACCUCGGGCUCCAAGACCUACACUGUCCCUGUCACUGGAACAAGCACCAUCACCAUUACCAAGACCACCGUCUGUACCAUGUGUGAUGAAAAGCCCAUGACCUUCCACAACGCUACUCAGCCCGCCACUGCUGGCCCUACUGCCCCCGCCCUGGUCACCAGCGUUGUUCCUUCCCAGAAGCCUGCUCCUACUCCUCAGCCCGCUUCUUCCAUCCCCGUCGUGCCUGUUGUGCCUGUCCCCAGCCAGCCCGCUGAGACCCAGCCCGCUGUCCCCGCCGCUAGCCAGCCCGCCGCUUCCGUUCCCGCUGUUCCCGCUGUCCCCGUUGCCAGCCAGCCCGCUGCUUCCGUCCCCGCUGUCCCAGCUGUCCCCGCUGCCAGCCAGCCUGCUGUCCCCGCUGAGUCCCAGCCUGCUGUCCCCGCUGUCCCCGCUGCCAGCCAGCCCGCUGUCCCGGCUGAGUCCCAGCCCGCUGUUCCCGCUGUCCCCGCUGCCAGCCAGCCCGCUGUCCCGGCUGAGUCCCAGCCCGCUGUCCCCGCUGUCCCCGCUGCCAGCCAGCCCGCUGUCCCGGCUGAGUCCCAGCCCGCUGUCCCCGCUGUCCCCGCUGCCAGCCAGCCCGCUGUCCCGGCUGAGUCCCAGCCCGCUGUCCCCGCUGUCCAGCCUUCUACCACCCCUGAGCAGCCCUCCAACCCGGUGACUCCUGAGACUCCUUCUGUCCCCGUGCAGCCCGGCGCCUCUUCCACCCCCAGCACCUUCACUGGUGCUGCCUCCAACGUCAAGCCCGCUGCCGGUCUUCUUGCCGGUAUCGUCGGUAUGAUGGCUCUCCUGUAA